AUGGUGGAGUCAGGCUGCUGCCGUGCCAAGAAUGUGCAAAACAUUCUGCUGAAGAACCUGACCGAUGUUUGCCUCGGCACCAUCGGCUGGUGGAUCUCGGGCUGGGCCUUCGCCUAUGGUGGGCCAAUGAAUGCUGACGGCUUUUUGGACAACGGAUUCAUCGGAACUGAGCAGUUCUUCGGCAUUGGCUUUGUCAACUAUGCCGGGGAUGGAAAGUUCGAGCCCACCACGGGCAUGCUCAAUUGGUUCUUUCAGUGGGCCUUCUGCUCAGCAGCCUCCACUAUCGUGAGCGGUGGUGUGGCGGAGCGCGUGAACUUCGCUGGCUACUUUAUCUACUCCUUCCUGAUGACUGCCUUUGUGUACCCGGUCAUUGUCGCAUGGACCUGGGGGUACGGAUGGCUUGCAUCGGUCAACAGCGUGGGCUUCAUGGAUUUUGCCGGCAGCGGAGUUGUGCACAUGACCGGAGGUGUCGGUGCACUCAUGGGGGCCAUCAUUGCAGGGCCGCGCGCGGGCCGCUUCACGAAUCCAGAUGAGUUUGCACCCCACAGUCUGCCCCUCAUCGCCCUGGGCACCUUCAUCCUGUGGUUCGGCUGGUAUGGAUUCAACUGCGGCUCCACAUUGGGCAUGAGCGGUGUUGCCCAGGGCUUCAUGGCUGCGCAGGUGGCCAUGAACACCACCAUCGCUGCCGCCACCGGCGGCCUUGUUGUCUUCCUGUUGCGCCUGGGAAUGACUCGCGGUAAGUACGACAUCGGCGGCUUUUGCAACGGCAUCCUCGCAGGGUUGGUCUCGAUCACAGCUCCAUGUGGCAACGUGGAGUGCGGCAGUGCUUUCCUCAUUGCAAUUAUUGGUGGCUUGGUCUAUCAAGGUGCUUCCUCUCUGUUGAAGUUGGUGAAGGUUGACGACCCCAUCGAUGCCUUUGCGGUGCAUGGUGCCUGCGGUGCAUGGGGCGUUAUCGCUGCGGCGCUCUUCGAUUGGGGCGAGGGCGUCGACUUUCAUCACGGCUGGAGUGGCUUCGGAUGUGUUGCGGGAACUACCGGCUGCAAGUCCGGUGCCAACGGAGAGGGCUUCGCAGCGAACCUGCUGGAGGUCGUCAUGGUCUUGCUGUGGUCCGGCUUCUGGACGGCCCUGAUCUUCCUUCCGCUCCGUUUCAGUGGUUUCCUCCGGGUGCCGGACGAG